UUGUCCCACGCCCAGAGAACUCUGGUCUCGGGCAACAUAUAUCUCAACGGUGGACAGAGGGCGGUUGCCUUGGGCCAUGGGAAGUCCCACCCCGGACACCGAAGGACUUCAAGGCCGAAUUCUCAUUCCGAAUGUCGUGGUGUUCACCCUCCUUGCUCCCUUCCUCUCUCCAAAAGACUGCUCAUACCGAAAGCCAAAUGCCCGUGUGGGAAUUUGCACCGGCAAAAUUUUUGUCGAGCUGCCUACCCAGGUUAGAUAUUGGGCAAGAUUUGGUAUUAAACUCUCCACGGAGGCUGGGGAAACGAAGAAGGAGACGUGAUGGCGUACGAAACAUUGGACGCCGGUAGAGGGUGGAUGACCAAAAACGCGCAGCAACACGCUUACAUUUCCAGUCUUCCCUGUCUCACUGGCAUCCGCCCAGGCUCUCCCACUCGUGGGUCGUUUCGAUGCCGCUCGCUACGGCACCGGUUGUGCGGUUUGCUGCAUACAAGGGUUAAGUUGGAUAGUGACGAAGAUUGGUCGUAUAAAAAAGAACGUGAAGCGUCCAUCCCCAUGGCUUUCCCGUCCGAUUCUCAACAUGAUCAGGAGAAACCCUGCCGCCAGCGGUUAGUUCCCUGGCGGCAUUGUCUCCACAGCGAGCGAGACUUCAGCGUCAACCGAAGUGGCAUCUUCGGAGCGCCAACCAACUGCAGCUCUCGAGUGUUACGAGGCAGCAGCCCCAGAGAACCAGCCGGACGGAACUCCGGGGUCGCAAGCGUCAAGCUGCAGCCCGCACGGUUCCUGGGCCAUCGUUUGCCCUCGGAAUGCUAUCGGAUUGAGCGGUGGAGAGUUCUAGCUUUGAACCGUCGGCCGCGGCAAAGAAAAGUCGAUGGGAUAUUUGUUGAUGUUGUGCCGGUCCAGGGUAUGAAAGGAAGGGCAUUUCCUAGAAGGAUACCUCUUCGAGGUCAGAGACGAGAGCGUUAGAAAUACCUUGGGUCCCUGGUCUCGAUGCUGAUAAACUAAAUUGUGGGUGCGAUUUC